AUGUCGGGCCCUGACCCGGUGGACCUUCCCCCUCCCCAGACGCCUCCAUCUGCUCAGCCCACCUUCUGUUCGUCUGCACCAUCGUCCUCUGUCCUCCGACCCCCAUCGACGGCACAGACUCAGGCAGUGGCAGACCGCAGGGAGUCAUGGUGCCAGAGCAAAAAAUACACACGAGAAAUGUUCUGCAGAAAUACAAGAGCCAUGCCCUCAGCAACCGUCAGCUCCAUCAUGAAGGACCCCCAGCAGAGGAGGCCCCUAUAG